CAUGAAAGUACAGAGCUUCAGUUAGUCUUGUGUGAGUCUUUCACACCUGUAGAUCUCUCUGGCUGUGAUUUUAAAUGGAAGCGUUUCUGCCGCAGUUUUCCAGCACAGGUGUGAUACUUGCUGCUGUGUUUCUGUGUUUACUUGUUUAUUUUUUCUCCAUUGGUUGCCGCUCUCAUGAAGAAGGUAAAGAGCCUCCAGGACCCAAACCGCUCCCACUGUUGGGUAACCUGCUCGUGCUGGAUCUGAAGAAAACACACCUGAGCCUUUCUGAGCUGUCGAAGCAAUAUGGCUCUGUCUUUACUGUCUACUUUGGCCCCAAAAAAGUCGUGGUGUUGGCGGGAUACAAAGCCGUCAAGCAGGGACUGGUGAACCUUUCAGAGGAGUUUGGAGACAGAGACAUUACCCCCAUAUUUCAUGAUUUUAACGAAGGCUUAGGAAUUGUGUUUUCUAAUGGAGACAACUGGAGAGAAAUGAGACGCUUUGCGCUGUCGAACCUACGAGACUUUGGAAUGGGCAAGAGGCGAAUCGAGGAGAAAAUCAUAGAGGAGUCUCAGUAUUUAAAAGAAGAAUUUGGGACGUUUGAAGGAAAAGCGUUUGACACAACACAUCCUGUUAGUCUGGCGGUUUCAAAUAUCAUCUCGUCCAUUGUGUACGGCGACAGAUACGAUUACAACAACCCUCUCUUACAUGAAAUGGUGAAGCGCGCUUAUGAAAAUAUGAAAUUGACAGGUUCAGCUUCAGUUCAGCUCUACAACCUGUUUCCUUGGCUUCGACCUUUUGUAAAGAAUCGGCAACGUAUCGUAAACAACCUGCAGGAGAACUACAAAGAAAUCAAAAAGAUUGUGCAAGACCUGCAGACGACUUUGAACCCCCAGGACCCUAGAGGAUUUGCCGAGUCGUUCCUUAUACGACAGCAAGACGACAAGAACGCUGGGGAAAAGAAGAGCUUUUUCCAUACGAAGAAUCUGUUUUAUACAAUUAACAACCUGUUUGCUGCUGGCACGGACACGACGACGACAUCACUACGCUGGUGUCUUCUGCUAAUGGCCAAAUAUCCUGAAAUACAAGCUAAGGUCCAGGAGGAGAUUGACCGAUUGGUCGGUGGACGUCAGCCGGUGGUGGACGACAGAAAGAAUCUGCAUUACACCGACGCUGUGAUCCAUGAAUGCCAGAGACUGGCCAGCGUAGCUCCCGUAGGUGUCCCGCGCAAAACCACCUGUGACGUUCACCUUAAUGGAUACUUCAUCAAGAAGGGCACCAGUGUGUUUCCUCUCUUGAUAUCUGUGAUGAGAGAUGAAAGCGAGUGGGAGACGCCCUACAUCUUUAAUCCAGGACACUUUCUGAAUGAGCAGGGACAGUUCGUCAAGCGAGACGCGUUCAUGCCCUUCUCUGCAGGACGCAGGGUGUGUUUAGGAGAGGGUUUGGCCAGGAUGGAGAUCUUUCUGUUCUUCACGUCUCUCCUUCAGUAUUUCCGCUUCACUCCUCCACCCGGACUGUCUGAGGAUGAUCUGGAUCUCACUCCACUUGUGGGGUUUACACUGAAUCCGUCUCCACACAAACUGUGCGCUGUGAAACGGUUUUGAUUACUGUGGCACUGAAGAUGGACUCAAACCGCUGAAUACGUGCAUGAAAAUGGGGUUUAUGUUCACAUUUCAAUAUUUUCAAUGGUGUAAAUAGGUUUGUGAUUCACAUCUGCAGGUAAGGAAAAGUGGAUCUAUUAGCAGCACAUUCAGUUUAAACAAAAUAACAAAGAUAUACGCCUUAACUAGGAUUGCACAGCUUUAAACUCCACAUGCAAAGACAAUAACAGACAACGAACAAGGGAAAGGGCGGACAUAUACACUGUAAAAAAAACUUUACGCUGAAGUUACUUAAAACUAUAGUGCUUCAUUUUUGUGACCAAUUUUUUAAGCCAGUCCUACAUGAAAUUUUAAGCAGUGUUACCUUAAAUUCUUUAGUAGACUUUGCUUAAAUUUUUGAGUAUUAUUCCCAGCAAGUGAUUUUGCUUAAAAUAUUGAGUCACACCAACCAAAAAAUUUAAGUUGUUUUAACUAACACAUUUUAGUCAUUUUAACCAUACAAUUCCAGCCCAUCCUCAUUAUAAAAUUUAAGCUAAUUUAAAAUACUGAAAAACAAGACAACUGGGAAACUUUACUAUGUGUAUUUAUUCACUGAAUGCAACAUAUCUUAAACCAUAUAAACAUUCUUUAACAACAUUACAAUAACAGUGCAUAUAUUAGGCUUCAAUAAAUAUUUUAGUAUUUUACGCACCUUUUCUGAGGGCGAUAUGCAGUUGAGUAUGUUUUUAAUUCUGAUUUAUAGUAUUGUAUGGGUUGUUUAUGUAAUAUUUCUGGUAUACUGUAUAAUCUCUGUAAUAUUGUUUGUGUGUGUGAUGUAGAGCCAUUCAACAGUUAAACAAAUAAAUAAACAUUUUUAACAACAGUACAAUAACCAGAAGCAUAAAUAUUACGCUUCAAUAAACAUUUUAUUAUUUCUAUGCACCUUUUCUGAGGGCGAUAUGCAGUUGAGUAUGUUUAUAAUUCAUCAUUCCAAGUAUGUAGUUUUUACAAUAUUUGUGUUCUGUAACAGUAAACAUUCUGCAACAAUAGUAUAACUGUAAAUAUUAAAAUGCUUUUC